GAGGCGUGUGUCCCUCUCUCAUCCAAAGAGCCUGGAAGCAAACGAGCCGCAAAAGCGACUGGAUUUAACGCAACAGCAUUGACGCUCCAACAGAAUGCCGACAAAGAAUGCAUUCUAGCUGGAAAUGCAAGGGGGCACCAAACAGGCACAGUAUUUUAUUGAAAAUCUCUAUUAUGCUUAUAAUAAUCUGAAAUAUGGCUGAAGUGAAGUCGAGGUGAGUUGCUCUGUUGCUCAGACAACUUGCUCUCAGGAGCUGCGCACUCAUCUCCAUCCCGUUUUGUCGGAUGAAAAUAAACGGACAGAUAGCCUACACUCGUUUUUGUUCUUCUAUCAAUCGAUAAUCACUCAACUGUGGAAUCAUGUCAAUGGGACAGGACGAAAGCUCAGUCCGGGUGGCUUUGAGGAUCCGUCCUCAACUGGCACGGGAGAAGAUUGAGGGAUGUCACAUCUGUACGUUUGUGACCCCUGGGGAGCCCCAGGUGAUGCUGGGUAAAGACAAGGCGUUUACAUACGACUAUGUGUUCGACAUGGACUCCUGUCAGGACAGCAUCUAUGCUGACUGCACUGAGAAACUGAUCGAGGGCUGCUUCGAAGGAUACAACGCCACCAUCUUUGCCUACGGCCAGACGGGGUCAGGUAAGACGUACACCAUGGGUACAGGGUUUGACGUGAACAUCGGGGAGGAGGAGCUGGGCAUUAUUCCCCGGGCAGUCACCCACCUCUUCAGGGGCAUCGAGCAGCGCCAGCAGGCUGCUAAAGAGCAGGGACGUCCCAUGCCUGAGUUCAAGAUCAACGCACAGUUCCUGGAGCUUUACAAUGAGGAGGUGCUGGAUCUGUUUGACUCUACGAGGGACCUGGAGGCUCGGACGCAGAAAUCCCACAUUAAGAUCCACGAGGAUGCUAAUGGAGGAAUCUACACAGUGGGGGUGACCACACGGACUGUAGCCUCCGAGGCAGAGAUGAUGCAGUGUCUGAAGCUGGGUGCUCUAUGUCGUACCACGGCCAGCACCCAGAUGAAUGUCCAGAGCUCCCGUUCUCAUGCCAUCUUCACCAUUCACCUGUGCCAAGUCAGAGUCUGUGCAUCCGACAAUCAGGACAACAACGAGACGGACAACAAGGUUGCUAACGGCAACUCAGAGAUGGAAGAGUAUGAGACACUGACGGCCAAGUUUCACUUUGUGGACCUAGCCGGGUCAGAGAGACUGAAGAGAACAGGGGCGACCGGAGACCGAGCUAAGGAGGGAAUCUCCAUCAACUGUGGACUGCUUGCUCUUGGAAAUGUAAUCAGUGCUUUGGGAGACCGAAGCAAGCGAUCCACACAUGUGCCUUACAGAGACUCCAAACUCACCCGGCUUCUACAGGACUCCUUGGGUGGAAAUAGCCAAACGAUGAUGAUAGCGUGCAUCAGCCCGUCUGACCGGGACUUUAUGGAGACCCUGAAUGCACUGAAGUAUGCCAACAGAGCCAGGAACAUUAAGAACAAGGUGAUGGUGAACCAGGACAAGGCCUCCCAGCAGAUCUCUGCUCUCAGGACAGAGAUCGCCAGGCUACAGAUGGAACUCAUGGAGUACAGGACGGGUAAGCGUAUGGUGGGUGAGGACGGUAUGGAGAGCAUCAACGACAUGUUCCAUGAGAACAGCAUGCUGCAGACAGAGAACAGCAACCUGAGGAUCAGGGUCAAGGCCAUGCAGGAGACCAUUGACGCACAGAGGGCCAGACUCACACAGUACCUCAGUGACCAGGCCAACCAGGUCCUGGCCAGGGCAGGUGAAGGUGAGGGGAGUGAAGAGAUUGGGAACAUGAUCCAGAGCUACAUCAAAGAGAUUGAGGAUCUCAGAGCCAAACUCCUGGAGAGUGAAUCUGUGAAUGAGAACCUUCGUAAGAACCUGUCCCGUGUCUCUUCACGGCAGUCUUUUUACCCCGGAACCUUCUCCCCUGCCCUCCUGGCCCCCGAGAAGGAGGCCUCCGACAUCAUCGAGAUGGCAAAGAAAGACCUGGAAAAACUCAAGAAGAAGGAGAGGAAGAAGAAGAAGAGUGUUGUCAAGGAGGAAGUCCCCGACAACGACCAAGACAAUGGGACAGAAAAAGAGCUGACUGAGCGGUCCAAUGAGGAGCCUGAGACGGAGGGGCAGGAGGGGAGUGACCACGAGGAAGAGGACGAUGAGGAAGAGGAGGAGAUGGAUGUGGAGGAGAGCUCUGAUGAUUCAGACUCGGAAUCAGAUGAGAAAGAAAACUUCCAGGCGGACCUGGCCAACAUUACAUGUGAAAUUGCCAUCAAGCAGAAGCUGAUCGACGAGCUGGAGAACAGCCAGAGGCGUCUGCACACGCUCAAGCAGCAGUACGAACAGAAACUGAUGAUGCUGCAGAGCAAGAUCAGAGACACACAGCUGGAGAGGGACAAGGUGCUGCAGAACAUGGGCUCGGUGGAGACGUGCAACGACGAUAAGGCUAAGAAGAUCAAGCAGGGGUAUGAGAAGAAGCUAAGUCUCAUGAAUAAGGAGCUACAGAAGCUACAGUCAGCCCAGAAGGAACACACACGCCUCCUCAAGAACCAAUCAAAGUACGAGACACAGCUCAAGAAGCUCCAACUGGACGUCACGGAGAUGAAGAAGACAAAGGUUCGUCUGAUGAAGCAGAUGAAGGAGCAGCAGGAGAAGAACAGAAGGACAGAGUCCAGGAGGAGCAGAGAGAUCGCCAGCCUCAGGAAGGACCAGCGCAAACAGGAGCACCAGCUGAAGCUACUGGAGGCCCAGAAGAGACAACAGGAGCUCAUACUGCGUAGGAAGACUGAGGAGGUAACUGCACUGAGGAGGCAGGCCAGACCUAUGUCUGGUAAGGUGACCAGCAGGAAGGUGAGUUUACCAGAGGCCCUCCAGGACUCCUCCCACCGACCCCCCUCAGGACGCUUGCAAUCCUCUGGAUCCACCGCACCUAACGGAACCAGGUCCUACUACAGACGGUCAACGGGCAUAUAUUCCACCAGAGUGGCCAAAGUGAAGUGGCAGUCUCUGGAGCGCCGUAUCUCUGAUGUCAUCAUGCAGAGGAUGACCAUAUCCAACAUGGAGGCCGACAUGAACCGCCUGCUCAAGCAACGUGAGGAGCUGACCAAGAGGAGGGAGAAGGUGACCAGAAAGAGGGACAGGCUGGCGGGGGAGGGGUCUGAGGAAGAGAAGGUGGUGUUUCCCCUCAACGAGGAAGUGGACACCCUGAUGGCCAACAUCGAUUACAUCAACGACAGCAUCGCAGACUGCCAGGCCAACAUUAUGCAGAUGGAGGAGGCCAAGGAGGAGGUUGACACGGUGGAUGUGUCCGCAGUGAUCAGCUCCUGCACCCUAACAGAAGCCCGUUUCCUGAUGGACCACUUUAUUUCUAUGGCCAUCAACAAGGGUCUGCAGGCAGCCCAGAAGGAGUCCCAGGUGAAGGUGAUGGAGGGCAGGCUGAAGCAGACAGAGAUCACCAGCGCCACUCAGAACCAGCUGCUGUUCCACAUGCUGAAAGAGAAAGCAGAGUUUAACCCCGAACUGGAUGCCCUGCUGGGGAAUGCUCUACAAGAGCUAGGUAACAUGCCAGUGGAGAAUGGGGAUGACAGCAGCAGUGACGAAUUCACCCAGAGUCCUGCAACAGACGGACACUCUCUGACAUCAGAUCUAAUGAAACUCUGUGGAGAGGCCAAAACAAGGAGCAAGGCUCGUAGGAGAACCACCACUCAGAUGGAGCUGCUCUACGCCAAAAGUGACUCCGUCCCUGACACGCCUUCUGCCGAUUUCUCCUCCCCCUGUCUCCCAUUGGUUGAAACUCCAGAAGAGGGCAGAGAUCCUGAGACCCCCAUUGGCUCGUCAGUCAGGGACAGGGACUAUAUGGCUCAUUCUCCCGGCUUGUCCUCUAAGAUGGGCAGCAUACCUGCCUCCUCCUCAGGGGCGGAAAAAAGAGUUCCAGAGCCCUCGCCGCUCUCUCGCAGGAAGACCUAUGACAAGACACAAUUGGCGGCUAAGGUCAAGGAGAUCAAACAAGGGGUGAUCAACCCAGUGCCUUCCUCAAAGGGCAGUCGGUCAGCAACACUGCAGUGUGUCCACGUGGCUGAGGGUCACACUAAAGCCGUGCUGUGUGUUGACUCUACCGAUGACCUCCUCUUCACCGGCUCCAAAGACCGUACGUGUAAGGUGUGGAACCUAGUGACAGGUCAGGAGAUCAUGUCCCUGACAGGUCACCCUAACAAUGUGGUGUCAGUCCGCUACAGCUCCAGCCUGGUCUUCACCGUCUCCACCUCCUACAUCAAGGUCUGGGACAUCCGAGACUCAGCCAAGUGCAUCCGCACCCUCACGUCUUCUGGUCAGGUGACCCCGGGCGACGCCUGUGCGUCUAGCACCAACCGGACUGUCACCAUCCCGGCAGGAGAGAACCAGAUCAACCAGAUCGCACUCAACCCCAGCGGCUCUGUCCUGUACGCCGCCGCCGGUAACUCUGUCAGAGUCUGGGACCUAAGAAGAUUUGUAUCCACAGGGAAGCUGACUGGUCACCUGGGUCCAGUCAUGUGUCUGACUGUGGACCAGAGUGGGAACGGUCAGGAUCUGGUAAUCAGCGGAUCCAAGGACCAUUACAUCAAGCUGUUUGACGUGACAGAGGGGGCCCUGGGUGCUAUCAGCCCCACACACAACUUUGAGCCUCCCCACUACGAUGGCAUCGAGUCCUUGGUGGUGCAGGGGGACGUCCUCUUCAGCGGCUCCAGGGACAACGGCAUUAAGAAGUGGGACCUAGACCGCAAAGACUUACUGCAGCAAGUGCCCAACGCCCAUCGUGACUGGGUGUGUGCCCUGGGUGUGGUGCCUGGCUCUCCGGCCCUGCUGAGCGGCUGUAGAGGAGGGGUGCUCAAGCUGUGGCACGCAGACACACUGGGGGCCCUUGGGGAACUCAAGGGCCACGAGAGCCCCAUCAACGGCAUCUCCACCAAUAGCAGCCACCUCUUCACAGCAUCUGAUGAUCGAACAGUGAAGAUCUGGCGUGCCCGGGGCGGACUCGACAGCACCUUAGACACGACGGUGGACACAGCUGAUGAGGUGGCCAGUAACUGAACAUGGCCGGGACCUCCCACCGUGACCCUAAACCUGGGAUGCUGCUGACUAGCACUUUGACCUCUGACCCUUAGCCUUGGAAACCACCCACAGCCCCCACAUACUAUAACCAAGACAACAGUCCCCAAGAAUGGAAUCUUAUCUCAGCAAAAGUAGCUGUAGUCGUUUUCCAGAAUGAGAUACUGUAGAUUUAUCCCUAGAAAAAUGUCUCCCUAGCUAAAUGUAUCUAGUCUAACCUGUGUGGCCAUAGCACUGGCCUGUGCAGAAUAAACCCUAUUUUUGCUUCAUAGACAUCCUUCCGUCUCCGCUCGUAUCAAGUAUUGAGUGAGCCCACACACACACACACACACACAAACACAAACACAAAUAGAGGCAGAUCUUGAGUGUUUUUCUGUGCUGGGGGAGUGGUGUGGAAAUUAGAUGAGAGGAAAGUAAAGACCGGGCUUUGUCGCAGGCCUUCAAGACCCGGACCUGGUUCUCGGACCAGACCCGGACCAGCAAAGGAAGAGAAGCCUUUCUUCUGCAUUGUAAGCAGAACCACUGUCCUCAUCCCUGCUGUCCCUUACGUGAUAUCAACGUGGCUUUACGUGAACUGACACCCACUUAAGUCGCUCGGUUUUGAUGUUCUUUUGCUUUGAAUUCAGCACCCGCUUUCCAUGGGUGACCAAAUCAUGAAACUUCUCUUGUACUUUACCUGUGAACUGGAUACUGUACAUUAACUAACACUACUCUUGUAGCCACUAGCAAAACACCUUCAGUCACCUCUCUGCUUCCUUAGUCUUUACACUUAGUCCUUCCUUACUCUCUAUGUGCAAAUACAAUGUCUCUUUGAGGAUACACUGACUCUCUUCACUCGUCCACUACUCGUCAUUUAGCAAUUGUUUGAUUUUCCACUUGAUGCUAUUCCCUCUAAUAAGUUAAUAACUAACCUAAUGCCCUUGCUGCUAAGUUGUUUGCUCACCUAUGACCCAUAGAGGGCUUCUGUUCUGGACUCCAGGUGAGAUACACUUGGUAACCGUAGUUACAUACUUUAUAUAAGAGUCUGAAGUGAGGGGAAGAGAGGGAGCCUUUUAUCUGUGCCUGUACUGUAAAGCUCUCCCAAUCCUGGUCUGGGAAGACCUCUCUGUACGGUGGUUUAUCGUGUUUGUGUCAGUUUUGCUGUACAUUUCAACUGGCCUAUUUGUGAUUGGUGUGAGCUGAACUAACUGUCAAAUUAUGUAUCGGAUCCACUGUCUGCUGGGACUAUUGAAUGUUAAAGUAGUAGGAGCAGCAGCCAACACAAUAUGUGUAUACGUAAACAGUAUUAUACAAAGAAAUAAACUGAAGGUUUGUUUUGUUGAUCACCAAAUUGCAUUCCCGAAUGGGUAACAAAUGACCAGAAUUGGGAGACUGUGUUCUAACAGCACUCAUCUCUUUUGAACAGAACCCCUCUCCCUGGCCCUGAGUCAGCCUGUUAUGUUUCCUGGGGAUGCAUCCAAAAUGGCACCCUAUUGCAUAGUGCACUACAUUUGACCAGGACCCAUGGAUGCUGUUCAGAAGUUGUGCACUAUAAAGGGAACAGGGUGCCAUUUUCAGAUGCAGCCCUGCUCUGAUUUUAUUGAAUUGUUCUGUUGAAAGAAGCUGUAUGUAUUCAAACCAGUCCUGGGUUCCCCUCUGGAGUUUUGCUGUAGAUGUCAUUCCCUAAAAUGGCUGACUCUGUACUGUAGCAGAUCUAAUGUCAGAUGCCUGGCGAAAUAAAUGUCAUCUGUCAAAAACCA